AUGUCGGAUCCUGAACCUGACGACCAGCCUGCUUGUAAGCGUCGUCGUGGCUUUGGCGCUGCAGCUACUCUCUCGAAGCCAUUCAAGUCCCCAUUGCGCACUCGAGGUGUUCCUAUUGUCCCACUGUCACUCUCAGACAUGACCCGGGACCCCAAGUUUGAACCUGAGCCAGCUCACCAUUCGACCUCCUUCACUGCAGACCCAGAACCACUCACAACCGCCCGGGACCUUUCGAUUCAGGAUCGACUUGUUGUGACCACACGAUCUGUCUACUUGGACUCAGAGCUGUUGGGACUGCAGAAGAAGUAUCGCACUCUCUUCGCGCAGCGUACCACGCAGGAAAAGGCACUCGAGACUGCACGUCAAGCUCUACGAAUUGAAUCCUCGGGUACGGAUAUCGAUCUGGAGAUGUCGAUCGACAAGUGGCGUCUGGUCAGCCAGGAGGCAGCCGAAGAAGUUUUUACCGGGGCCAGAGAGCGUGUCGCUCGCAUGGGCGGAGUGAAAGCUUGGAGACAACGGUGCAAGCAAGAUGCGCCGCGAUGGGAUGGAUUUCAGGCUCAAGACCAGGGUAAUAAGUACGACGAAGACAUGGAGAUACACCCUGACUGUCCGGACCAUCGCCUAGAGAAGAGUAAUGGCACCGCCACGCAGGACGAUGAUACAGAUGAGGUACAGAUCAUGUUCUUUGGUUUUCGAGCGAGAGCUAACUGGCCCCAGGAGUUUACGAUGGAGUUCAUGCUUAAAACACUCAACAUUGAACACAAGACUAUCGGGUUCGAUGCGAUCAUGGGGAAGUGGGCUCGGAAGUGA